AUGGCGGACCGUUGCAGCCCCUCACCUUCUGAUCCUUCCAGACACUCCCCUGGUCCUGCUUCUCUCUCCAGCACAGAGUCACGCUCUCCUCCGGCUCGCAACCUCUCAUUCCGGUUAGGAUCAGCUCCCUCGACUCAACCCCGCCAGAGCUUCAGUGAUUCUCUACGUGCUGUUCCAGGUUCCCCCCGAUCACGUCGACAGCCAUCUCUGACGCAAUCAGCAGUUCAGAGCCUCAUAGACAAUCCCCCGUCCGGAAAUGCGGCAGAUCCAGCGUUCUCGGGCCGUGAUUGGACACAGAUAUCGAUUGGAGAGCUAGUUAGCCCCUCGGAACUUCAGUUUGUAGAGAUGGAUACAGGUAUUGAAGAAGCUACUAAUCUUCUGAUUGACUCUGGCGCUGCAGUUCUCUUGAUUCGAGAAAAGGCUGAGGAUCGAACUGCCAUAAGUACAUUCGAUUAUGCAGACCUCAAUGCAUAUCUACUUCUUGUGGUGGGGUUGGUGCAGCCAGACGAGGAACAUGUCGCGUCGCUGAGGGAACUAGAGAGGAAAGCGAGAGAAGGCAAACAGAUCCCGCUCAGGGAGGUGAAAAAUCUGGGGCUGAACAAACCCAUCACAACUCUCCCUCCCAGUGCCAAUUUGAUGAAAGCUGUUGAAACGUUUGGUGGUGGCGUCCAUCGGAUAAUCGUGGUGGAAGAGAAUAGCAACGAGGUUGUUGGCAUAUUCAGUCAGUGGCGCCUAGUCAAAUUCCUGUGGGAAAAUGGACAGAGCUUUCCGGUAAUUGAUCAGCUUUAUCCUCGGUAUUUGUCUGAUCUGAGGAUAGGCUCGCAGCAAGUAAUAUCAAUCAACGGAGACAAACCACUCUCCAAGGCUUUGGAAUUGAUGAACAGUGAAGGGAUCUCAUCUAUUGCAGUCGUUGACAAUCAACAGAACGUCGUGGGCAACAUCUCUGUUGUUGAUGUGAAGCUAUUAACAAAAUCAACAUCCCUCCCUCUCCUACGUGACACAUGCAUACAUUUCAUAUCCGUCAUUCUGUCUACCCGCGGUUUGCACGAGGGUAAAGACUCAUUUCCAGUCUUCCAUGUUCACCCACAAUCCACCCUAGCACACACAGUUGCGAAACUUGUCGCGACUAAAUCCCACCGAAUGUGGGUAACCGAUCCCCAGUCCCCGUCAUCCUCGUCAUCAACCCCCCCGACGCCAUCUCACACAUCCAUUCACAUUCCUUCCUUGAGCAACCAAUCCAACACCACCGCGCAGCUCCAGACACCCACCUUAUCCACAUCUACCCCCCAAUCACCAAGCAGUGAUAAUAACAAUAACAACAACAACAACAACAACAACAACAACAACAACAACAACAACAACAACAACAACAACAACAACAACAACAAUAAUAAUAAUAAUAAUAAUAAUAAUAAUAAUAAUAAUGCGAAUGCCAUCUCCUCCCCUCCACCGACCUCUCACUCUGCUCAGCCUCACCUACCCACUCAUCUCGCUGCCUGUGGCUCCCAACACAGCCCAUACCUGCCAUCGAUAUCAACGGCGAUCCCAGCCUCCUCACUCCCCGGCGCCAGGAUGUCAGGCCAUCUUGUCGGCGUUGUGAGCCUGACUGAUAUUCUCAACCUGUAUGCCCGUGCAAGCGGACUAAGCCCCGCGGACCCCAACGUAUGCCGCAGCCAAAGGAGGAGAAGCAGUAGCUCUAGUCUAGGUAUGCGAAAAGCGGAGCUAUUAGGAGGGUUAUUCUAA